CGUGGUACACGUUCAACCUAUAGCAUGGCUCCACAUUGAUGCACAGUCGUAAAUUAAAUCAACAACUUUUUUGGAGAAAAGUUACAGUUCAUAAUAACAAAAUUAAUUACUGUUUACAUACAUCUAAAUUUCAUAUUUUUUACAUUCACUGAUCAAAAAAAACAUAUUUAAAAGGAAGGUGACAUGUCACAUUCUAAAAAUACCCAAAAGGUGGCGCUAGUGAUGAUUACUUCUGCUACGUCACGUCAGUUUGUAAAAAAUGACGGCUGCAUUUGAUACGUGUUCUUGUCGCUUAUGAUAUAUAUUUACGAGAAAAAGUAUUAGAUUAGUACAGAAAUUUGCUUUAAUUUGAAUAAUCAAUUACUUUUGACGUUAUUAAUUAAGUGAACGAUUAUUUGAAAACUGUCCUUCUCAUGUAUUUAAAUAACUUCUUGGUGAGUGGUGUAGUAAUCAGAUUGUGCCUACGGAGUAGGAAGUCCCUUAUUAUUCUCAAUGUGCACUUUUAUUGCUAAAUUAAAAUUGAAUUACUAAAGAUAAUUCAAGAUAAAAUAAAAUAUGGCACACCCAAAAUUUUUAACGUUUCUAACAGCAGUGACCUAUUAAUCCAGCAGAUUUAUACCAAAAACUGACGGCAACAUAGUAAUUCCACCAUGGAGGACGCUCACACGAAAUCCGUGGAAGAAGUCUUAAAAUAUUUUGGCACAGACCCAGACAAAGGCCUUAGUCCAGACCAAAUAAAAAGGAACCAAGAAAAAUAUGGACCCAAUGAACUGCCUACGGAGGAAGGCAAAAGUAUAUGGCAGUUAGUCUUGGAACAAUUCGACGACCUCUUAGUCAAGAUUUUGCUGUUAGCUGCUAUUAUUUCAUUCGUAUUAGCUUUAUUUGAAGAGCACGAAGAUGCAUUCUCAGCCUUCGUUGAACCUUUCGUUAUUUUACUAAUUCUUAUUGCUAACGCUGUAGUAGGAGUAUGGCAGGAAAGAAACGCCGAAUCUGCCAUCGAAGCUUUAAAAGAAUACGAACCUGAAAUGGGUAAAGUCAUAAGAGGAGACAAAUCUGGAGUACAAAAAAUCCGUGCCAAGGAAAUUGUUCCCGGGGACGUUGUUGAAGUGUCCGUUGGUGACAAGAUCCCUGCUGACAUUCGCCUUAUCAAAAUCUACUCCACCACAAUCCGUAUCGAUCAGUCUAUCCUGACUGGUGAAUCUGUCUCGGUCAUCAAACACACCGACCCCAUUCCUGACCCCCGCGCCGUGAACCAAGACAAGAAGAACAUUCUCUUCUCUGGUACUAAUGUCGCAGCCGGUAAAGCUCGCGGUAUCGUCAUCGGUACUGGACUCAACACUGCCAUCGGUAAGAUCCGUACUGAAAUGUCAGAAACCGAAGAAAUCAAAACUCCUCUCCAACAGAAACUUGAUGAGUUUGGUGAGCAGCUCUCUAAAGUAAUCUCAGUUAUCUGUGUCGCUGUGUGGGCUAUUAACAUCGGACACUUUAACGACCCCGCUCACGGUGGAAGUUGGAUCAAGGGCGCCGUCUACUACUUCAAAAUUGCCGUCGCUUUAGCCGUCGCUGCCAUCCCUGAAGGUCUUCCGGCCGUCAUCACCACUUGUCUCGCUUUGGGUACCAGAAGAAUGGCUAAGAAAAACGCUAUCGUAAGGUCUCUACCGUCAGUCGAAACCCUUGGCUGCACAUCCGUCAUCUGCUCCGACAAGACCGGCACACUGACCACUAACCAAAUGUCCGUAUCGCGCAUGUUCAUCUUUGAAAAGAUCGAAGGUGGCGACAGCAGCUUCCUCGAGUUUGAAAUCACUGGCUCAACUUAUGAACCAAUCGGCGACGUUUAUCUGAAAGGACAGAAAGUUAAGGCUGCCGAAUUUGAUGCUCUUCACGAGAUCGGUACCAUCUGCGUAAUGUGCAAUGACUCCGCUAUUGAUUUCAACGAAUUCAAACAGGCGUUCGAAAAGGUCGGCGAAGCUACCGAGACUGCUCUGAUUGUUCUUGCUGAAAAAAUGAAUCCCUUCAAUGUUCCUAAGACUGGCUUAGAUCGCCGAUCCUCUGCUAUUGUUGUGCGUCAAGAAAUUGAGACCAAGUGGAAGAAAGAAUUCACUCUCGAGUUCUCUCGUGACAGGAAAUCUAUGUCGACAUACUGCACACCCCUCAAACCCUCGCGCCUCGGCAACGGACCCAAACUAUUUGUCAAGGGAGCACCCGAAGGUGUACUCGAACGUUGCACACACGCUCGCGUCGGCACCAGCAAGGUUCCUCUGACCACGACCCUGAAGAACCGCAUCUUGGACCUGACCCGCCAGUACGGUACUGGUCGCGAUACGCUGCGUUGCUUGGCCCUGGCCACGGCCGAUAACCCCCUCAAACCCGACGAAAUGGAUCUUGGUGACUCCACCAAAUUCUACACUUACGAAGUCAACCUUACGUUCGUCGGAGUCGUCGGCAUGUUGGACCCCCCUCGUAAAGAAGUUUUCGACUCGAUCGUUCGUUGUCGCGCUGCCGGUAUUCGCGUAAUCGUCAUCACCGGUGACAACAAGUCCACUGCCGAAGCCAUCUGCAGGCGUAUCGGUGUAUUCGGAGAGGACGAAGAUACCACUGGCAAAUCUUUCUCCGGUCGCGAGUUCGAUGACCUGCCCAUCGCCGAGCAGCGCAGCGCCUGCGCCAAGGCUCGCCUGUUCUCGCGCGUGGAGCCCGCGCACAAGUCUAAGAUCGUAGAGUACCUGCAGAGCAUGAACGAGAUCUCCGCCAUGACUGGUGACGGUGUGAAUGACGCACCGGCUCUGAAGAAGGCCGAGAUUGGUAUUGCCAUGGGAUCCGGCACGGCCGUCGCGAAGUCCGCCGCCGAGAUGGUGUUGGCCGACGACAACUUCUCCUCCAUCGUCGCUGCUGUUGAGGAAGGUCGCGCCAUUUACAACAACAUGAAGCAGUUCAUCCGCUAUCUGAUCUCAUCCAACAUCGGUGAGGUGGUCUCGAUCUUCUUGACUGCCGCUCUGGGUCUGCCCGAAGCUCUGAUCCCCGUCCAACUGCUGUGGGUGAACCUGGUCACUGACGGUCUGCCCGCUACCGCCCUCGGAUUCAAUCCUCCCGAUCUCGACAUCAUGGACAAGCCCCCUCGCAAGGCUGACGAAGGUCUCAUCUCCGGAUGGCUGUUCUUCAGAUACAUGGCUAUCGGUGGCUACGUAGGUGCGGCCACAGUCGGCGCUGCCUCCUGGUGGUUCAUGUACUCCCCGUACGGACCUCAAAUGACAUACUGGCAACUCACUCAUCACUUACAAUGUAUCAGCGGUGGUGAUGAAUUUAAGGGUGUUGACUGCAAAGUGUUCACUGACCCUCACCCGAUGACGAUGGCUCUCUCAGUGCUGGUCACAAUCGAGAUGUUAAACGCCAUGAACAGCUUGUCUGAGAACCAGUCUCUGGUCACCAUGCCGCCCUGGUCAAACUUGUGGCUCGUCGGCUCCAUGGCGCUCUCCUUCACUCUUCAUUUCGUCAUCCUCUACGUCGAGGUUCUUUCGGCCGUGUUCCAAGUGACGCCGCUGUCGCUCGACGAGUGGGUAACCGUAAUGAAGUUCUCAGUACCCGUGGUACUGCUGGAUGAAGUGCUCAAAUUCGUCGCGCGCAAGAUCUCCGAUGGUGAGACGCGCACUGUCCUAGACUGGCUCCACGGCAUGCAAUGGAUUGUGCUCAUGUGGGCCGUCUUCUUUGGCAUCAUCAUCUACGGACCACUAUAAGCCGGCCCGCCCGCGUGUCGCGCCAUCCCGUUUGUUGACACCUAAUACCCCCGCCGAAUUCCGCGCCCCCCGCCGCUCGAGCGGCCCCUAGCGUGCAGUCGAGCCGCUGGCCGAGCCACUGGCCGAGCCACUAGCCGAGCCCGCCCGAGCGCGGGUGGCGCGACGAAUUCUACUGUGGAAACACAUGGACUGUGAGCUGCGCUCACCACAGUACCCGUCAUCUAACAGUUUGGAAUGCUAAUUCUGACGCACCCGUGUGUGAAGUGACAUCCCUAGUGCACGGUCCCGGUCGCGACGAAGGACUCCGGUUUAGUCUCUAGUGUUCUCUGUGUCGCUUAGGUGUAGAUAGAUGUAAACGACGGAGCGUUCUCGCUCCUAGUGCAUUUUUUAUGUGCGAGACAAUAAAAAGUUUGGAGCUCAUUUUUAGAGGCGAGAAUACAUCGAGUAUAUUUUUCAUACUUUUACCGAUUACAUUAUACAUGCUACACGAUUUUUUGAUGUGAAGUGGCUGUGAAGAUCUUCAUUCUGCUUACUUGUGACACCAAAAAAUGGUUUUUGUGGAGAAGUAUUUAUAAGUUAGAUAAUAAAUCUAUGAAGGUACAUUUUGUAUAUUUAAAUGAAACGAAGCUCCCUUUUUUUUUAAAUUAACAUGUUAAUAAAGGACUCGCACAUACUCAGUACCUUGUCCUCCUGGACUACAGACGUGUUAUUGAAACUUACUAGGAAUAUAGUAAGCUGCAAUGUAAGUUUAGCAUAAUUUAUAGUAAGCGUGUUAUUGAUAGGGACGUGGUUAUGUUUCUCAGCGUUCUGUCUUAUUCGAGAACUAUUGUCCUUCCACUUGUGACUGCUUUAUAACAAUUCCUAACGCAUUUUCGUUUUUCUUUUUCAUAUAACCUUUUGUUUUCGCCUUAUAAUAAUUUAUAAACCUUACCAACAAAAUAAUAACCAUGAAUGUUAUAUUUAUUAUUAUUGAUAUGCAAUCAAGUGGCACAGGUUGUAGGCCUUACAGCCACUACCUGGGCUAUUGAAUGCCAAAUCAAAUGAAAAAUAGCCUUAUUUCAAUAUGAACUGAUGUACCAUUAUUAACGAAUUUGGAAAUAGAGAGUAGUAUUGAAAUAAACUGUUUACGUAAUGUAUGUACGAACAUAAUUUUCGUGGAUUAAGGGGUAAACAUCUAUUUUAGAAACGAGACAUGAUAUAAUUAUAAGUAAAUAUGAAUUUUGUCCAUUUAUCAAGUUUUUUGUAAGGUAGAAAGGUCCGUACGUACAUAAGAUUUUUUUUGUGAUUAAAUGAAGUGAUCUUGCAUGUGUGCAUUGCAUGGUGAUAUUUUCCGAGUGCAAUUUCUUUUUAUCUAAUAAAAAGGUCUAAAAUAUAAAUCUUUUGCUAAAUUAUACAUAGCCACAAAAGUUUUACUAGAAGAUUGUACAACUUUUCGAUAUUUAAGUAAUUUAGUAAAACUUUAGUGUUAAUGUAUUCGCCGACACAGAUAAUUUUAUUAAUGCCUUACAAUAUCUUUAUACACAUUCAACACAACUACAGGUAUCUACGGCCAGCGGUAUGAUGUGAAAAUGUAACACUAUACACUGCACAAUUUGAGGGCAUGCUCAAAACUUUGUUGUGAUUUGUCCUUGUACCCAGAAAAAAUACCAGAUUAACUUAUUUGAAUGUACAGUCGUUUAUACAAACUAUUUUACUUUUCAUUAAAAUAGUGAACAAUUAAUGUUUUAAUUAUUUCCCUUUGAAAAUCCAAACUAAAAAACACCCUACCUACAUCGCACACAUACAACAUUCCACUUUCAGAUGUGUUCAGAAUCCUCACAAUAAAGUAACACUUUUUGUUUUUGCUAAUACGUUUUGUACUAACCAAAGUUUUGCAAGCUUAAAUACAAUUUAAUUACAUAUUUAUACCGGCUUUGUUUUUAUAUUGUGUAUUUUACAAAAAAAAAAAACUAUAUGAAAAUUCCAAUAAUUGGCAUUUAAUUAAAAUUGCAUUUAUUCAAAACAUUUUUAUGGUCCAAAUGAGAAACUUUAAAAGAAAAACUUUCGAUCGGUAUGUAAGAAUAAUUGCAGAACUUUCCCUAAACCCGUUACGAGUGUCAUUUAAAACCUCGCCCUACCCUACCCGACCCGACCCGACCCGACCCGACCCAACCCGACCCGACCUAACCUGACUAGUCCCGAGUCCCGCAUGCACUAACGUGGUGUUGUCUGCCCCCAGCCCAGCCGUCGUGGAAGCUGUAAGCGCCGGAACACCGUCGCAGCGCCACUGCACGCACAUAUUCCAUGAACACUAUUUGUUUGUUGUGAUCCCGCAGUGAAACUACACACGUAACGACACGGUUGUGAUAUCUGCAUAAGACCCAGUAAGUUCGGACCACAGCCUCCGAUCGAGCGCCGGCGACACUAACGCUCUCGUUGUUUUCCAGCGAACGAUGUGGUCGUUGACAAGUGGUAAACGACACCGAUACAUAGUUCCUCACCCGCUUCUCUCUGCUACUUCUACCGCUCUCGUCUCCAGAUGUAAUAACCGAAUGGCUUUUAGUGUGUACGUCGCGUCGCGCCGUUGCGACCGUACCGUGUAUGUCGUGUCGGAGAGCGUAGCCGCCACUCCAGCGUUGAGCUCCAUCAGAGAGGACUUUAUGUUGUUCAUAAUGUGUAUAUAAUACAGUAUGUUUAGGAGGUUUAAUCGAUUUGUUAUAAUAAUAUUACGUUGUUCUAAAUAAAGACUACAUGGUGCCCGUCGACAAAAGCAGUGCGAUAGACGAUGUGUACUUAAGUUGAGAGCACUUAAUUUAAUUUAUUGUUAUUUUUUUAUUCUAUUAUAUUAUAGUUUGCUUAACUAGAGCCGAGUCUGUUUCUAUUAGUGCUGACGCCUCGACGAGCAAUAUGGUGUCUGUAAGGGAAGGAUAAUUUUUGAUGAUUGUCCAGUGUUUGGGACCUGAGUCCAAAAAUUUAAACAUACCUGUAAAUUUUAAUGUAUUAUUGUUUUGUACAAUAAAUCGUUAUAAAACGA